AUGAAACGAAUAGAACGAAACCGCGGGAGAGGCUUGAUCAAAGGAUCUGGAUAUCGAAUAUCCAGAGCACGGUUCUCAUUACUCUCCAACUAUGAGAGGUUCGGUUUAUCCUCCCCCUGUCCGUCGCGCGCGUUCUCGUUUCGCGUUUCCUCGACGCAGCAGCGAUAUCGACUGCGAGCUACUGCUGCUGCUGGUGCUGCUGGUGCUGCUGGUGCUGCUGGUACUGCUGGUACUGCUGGUGCUGCUGGUGCUGCUGGUGCUGCUGGUGCUGCUGGUGCUGCUGGUGCUGCUGGUGCUGCUGGUGCUGCUGGUGCUGCUGGUGCUGCUGGUGCUGCUGGUGCUGCUGGUGCUGCUGGUGCUGCUGGUGCUGCUGGUGCUGCUGGUGCUGCUGGUGCUGCUGGUGCUGCUGGUGCUGCUGGUGCUGCUGGUGCUGCUGGUGCUGCUGGUGCUGCUGGUGCUGCUGGUGCUGCUGGUGCUGCUGGUCCUGCUGGUGCUGCUGGUGCUGCUGGUGCUGCUGGUGCUGCUGGUGCUGCUGGUGCUGCUGGUGCUGCUGGUGCUGCUGGUGCUGCUGGUGCUGCUGGUGCUGCUGGUGCUGCUGGUGCUGCUGGUGCUGCUGGUGCUGCUGGUGCUGCUGGUGCUGCUGGUGCUGCUGGUGCUGCUGGUGCUGCUGGUGCUGCUGGUGCUGCUGGUGCUGCUGGUGCUGCUGGUGCUGCUGGUGCUGCUGGUGCUGCUGGUGCUGCUGGUCCUGCUGGUGCUGCUGGUGCUGCUGCUGCUGCUGGUCCAGCGGGAGGAUCCCGCGUAGUUUCCGCGACCUCACAGUCCUUGACGCGACGAACGUGGUACACACGCUCGGGGGAAGUCACGACAAGUGACGCGGAGCCAAAAGAGAGAAACAAGAAAAAGGGAGAGAAAGAGUGA